AUGCUUUCAAGUACCCAAGUACUGCUGCUUUCCCAGCCAGUGGAGUCUCAGGCUGAAGCCUUAAAUGAAGAAGAUGCUGACGAGGAAGAAACACUGGCACUCGAUCCCACACUCACAGCCACCAGCUCAGCCAGAGGCAAAGGGGGUGCCAAGGCCAAGACUUGCUCCUCCAGAGCCAGUCUCCAGUUCCCCGUCGGCUGUAUCCACCGGCUGCUACGCAAGGGUCACUAUGCCGAGCGUGUUGGGUCUGGAGCCCCCAUUUACUUGGCCGCCAUCCUUCAGUACCUGACGGCUCAGAUCUUUGAGCUGGCCAGCAACGCGGUCCAGGACAACAUGAAGACCCAUAUCAUCUCCCGCCAUCUGCAGUUCACCAUCCGCAACGACGAGGAGCUCAACAAGCUGCUGGGAGGGUCACCAUAA